CAUGAAGAAUCCAAUGCUAUGUGCAGUGGUGUUUGCUGAUUUGGCCACAUCAGUUGCUAGCGGCAAAUCAAAUGCUUGCAAAUAGAUCCAUGAAUCAGCAACAGUGAGGAUUACCACUAUACAAUGCUACACUACAUACAGCAACGACCUCAAAAACACCAAUGCAGAGGUACGGUAUGAAGCCGGGUCGCUUACCAUUGUCACUACCACCCUGGACAAAGCAAUAGUCUCAUCCCUGUGUAUAAUACAUCUGUCUACUCAGAUUGUGGCAAUCCGUGGCAUAUGCGCUGUAGACUCUGUUCUCAUUUAGAUUAAUUUCACAAUAGAGCAUGAGCAGUUUCAGCACACUGAUGACUGCAUCGGCUACGCUGUCUGCCAUGCGCUAUGCGCCGUACACCAUUCAAGAGUAUGCCUACAACCCUAACACUCGAUACCAGCCCGUCUUGUUGGCUGGCCGAUGGCUCUCGCAGCUAGCACACAAAGCGGAAAGGUCAGAGAAUACGUACGGUGGUCUUAUGGCGUUGACGAAUCUUUCAGGCACAUAGUGUCAAACAUACAAGCAAUGCUUCGACCGAGCUAUAUAAUGUGCUGGGCCCUGCAUAUAUAUAAAAACGACAACAGACACACGCACACUGUCAGAAGGUUAUGAGCUCUACAACAAAAUGAAGAGCAGGCUGAAACACCUGAGGAUACAUGUACG